AUGACAGGACAAGUUUCAGAACGUCCUGAUAAAGGAAAGGGGGUAGCAAGGCCUAAAAAGAGGCAACGACAUGCACCAAAGUAUGUACUUAGGGUGCCUGCUAAACUACCUACCAUUGUUGCCUGCAUACACCCUUCUCCUACCCUUGCAGUACAUCCUUCUAUUACCCCUACAGCAGACCCUCUUCCUCCUCUUGUGAUUAUAACCCCCACUCCUCCCCCUGUGGUUAUUACCCCCACUCCUCUCCUUGACCCUACUUCUAUACCUUCCUCAUCUUGUAUACCACCUUCUAAGACUGUCACACCAUCUGCUGAUCCAGAUUCAAGUGGUGGUGGUGAAGGUCUUGACCUGCCCCUCCAUGGUUGA